AACGCACCGUGAUCCUUCAGAGUUCACCAUAUUAACCCAGCUUCUUUGAAGCGCUUAUCAGCACGCCUCUCACGAUCUUCUAAGUAUCUUUCACAAGAGAUGUGUUGUGGCGAUUCGAGCCAAUAGCUAGGCGGAGAGCAUAUCGUGGCCCUUCCUCCUCGAGAUGCCCACCACUCAUCCAUUUAGGAGAAGGAGGAGGAGCUGGCGUUGCAGGGGGAAGCCUCGAUCUGACACACGUUUGUGCUGAAAUUGACGAGUUUGGGAAUUCUUUGCUCCUUUGUCAUUGACGUUAAGCCCGCUCAACAGGUUUCUAGCACCCUGAAGGAAGGAGAGGGAUGUCUGCUCUGAGCUGCAAUUCACUCUUUGGGAUGGGGAACCCCUUAUUGGACAUUUGUGCUGUGGUGGACAAAGACUUCCUCGAUAAAUACACUCUGAAGCCAAAUGACCAGAUCCUAGCUGAGGACAAGCACAAAGCCCUGUUUGAUGAACUAGUGAACAAGUUCAAAACGGAAUACCACGCUGGGGGAGCCACUCAGAAUUCCAUUAAGAUCGCUCAGUGGAUGAUCCAAGAGCCUCACAACGUGGGCACGUUCUUCGGAUGCAUCGGCCAAGACAAGUUUGGAGCGAUUCUGAAGAAGAAGGCAGAAGAGGCACACAUCGACGCUCACUACUACGAGCAAGACCAAGAGCCCACGGGCUCGUGUGCCGCAUGCAUCACUGGAGCCAACCGGUCGCUGGUGGCUAACCUGGCUGCUGCCAACUGUUAUAAGAAGGAAAAGCAUCUGGACCUAGAAGAAAAUUGGAAGCUGGUGGAAAGAGCUAAAGUUUAUUAUAUUGCCGGUUUCUUCGUGACAGUGUCUUUGGAGUCCAUGCUAAAAGUGGCAAAGCACGCAUCAGAAAACAACAAACUGUUCUGCCUAAACCUGUCUGCACCCUUCAUCUGCCAGUUCUUCAAGGACCACCUCAUGCAGCUCAUGCCCUACGUGGACGUGCUCUUUGGAAAUGAGAUGGAGGCAGCUGUAUUCGCUAAAGAGCAAGAAUUUGAGACCAAAGACAUUAAGGAGAUUGCCAAGAAAGCGCAAGCUCUGCCCAAAGUCAACACCAAAAGAAAACGGAUUGUUGUCUUGACUCAGGGGAAGGAUGAAACUGUGAUGGCUCUCGGUGACAAAAUUGAGACCUUUCCAGUGAUGGCGAUUGAUCCCAAAGACCUAGUGGACACAAAUGGCGCUGGUGACGCAUUUGUUGGAGGUUUCUUGUCUGGGCUUGUCCGAGAAAAACCUUUGGACCAAUGUGUGAAGGCAGCUCACUACGCUGCCAAUGUCGUCAUUAGAAGGUCGGGUUGCACUUUCCCCGAAAAGCCAGAUUUUGUUUGACGUAUUUUUAUUGUUGUUGCUUUUCACCCAGAAUGUCCAUUGGACAAAAUGUCACCAUGAAUAUUUUUAUCCCAAGUCUUUCUCCCAAUCAGAUCUUUUUUUCAAUCCUGGCUUCUGAUUGACUUUUAAUUGUCAGCUUUGUGUCACCUCUCAAAAGCAAGACUAUGUCGGUUGCACUGGUUGUGAUUGCAGGAAACACUACUUUAAAAAAAAAAAAACAACAACAACUCGUGACUCAUUUUUUUAAACCAUUUUUUUCAUAUGAAAUGCAUGAAUUACAAAGUGUCAAUGCCACUACCCACAAGAAAAGCGCUUUGUUCAAAUUGUGCAUGAGUGCCUUUUAUUCUUUGUUACAAAGGUUCAAGACUUGAAGCUGCUUUUGUCAUCAAUAACAAAAAAUAUUUGUACAGUGAAAAAGACCAACAAUUAAAUGAUUAUUGAAAGAGUUUUCAUGCUCUUUUUCAUCCCCUUUACUAAGAACAGCAAGAUUUGUUAAAAACUGUGUAUUACAUUGUGAUAAAAUGCAAGAUUCCGUUUAUACCUCGUUUGAUUUGGAUUAAUCAAAACUUGAAUACAGUUCUGACCAUUUGUUUGAUGAUGCACAAUGGUGUUUUCCUUUUAUAACUGUUGUGUUUUUAAAUCAUGGAUUUACUGACCCAUUCAAUAUUAUUCCUCGAUAUGGCCUCGAAUGACUCUUUGGUCUGCUUUUGUCCAGACUUUUGUCUAAUGUGGACAAAUAAAACCACCUGAUGCAACAA